AUGGGUAAGGCGAGGUCUGCUCCUGAUGAGCGACACCCUGAGUUACCUUUUGAAGUCUCACAUUUAAGCUUCUGGAACCUUCCCACCACUGGAGUCAGUAUUGAAGCAGUACCAACCUAUGUUCCUGAAGGGGAGAGUGUCCUUCUACUCGCCCGUGAUCUGCCGGCAAAUCCUGUAGCCUUUUACUGGUUCAAGUGGGAAAGUGUGCUCUCAAUUGAUCCCACCAAUACUACAGACAUCGGUAUGGCCAGGGGAAAUAAAAUCGCAUCAUAUGAAAUACCGACUAGUUUCAAAUACAUGGGGCCCGCAUACAGCAGGAGAGUGACGCUGUACACCAAUGGAUCCCUGCUGAUCAAGAACAUCACACAGAAGGACACAUGAGUCUUCGUCCUACGUACCGUAGAUAAGAACCAAGAAAAUAUCUUCGCCACCGGGGAGUUCUUUGUUCAGACCUAUAUGACUCUGGAAGGUGCUCUGCUCUGGAAGGAAGCUCAGUUCAGGAAGGACAGCAGAGCGGACACCACAGCAGUGGGACUUGGCAGCGGUGCCGGCCAGAGCGGGAUCUCUUCUCCACAGAGGAGAACACAGGAGACAGCAGAGACUAUGGGACCUCCCUCAGUCCUUCUCAGAUGGCCUGUCCCCUGCUGGGGACUCCUGCUCACAGUGUCACUUUUAAGCUUCUGGAACUUUCCUACCACUGCUGGAGUCAGUAUUGAAGCAGUGCCACCCCAUGUUGCUGAAGGGAAGAGUGUCCUGCUACUCGCCCGUGAUCUGCCGGUGAAUCCUGUAGCCUUUCACUGGUUCAAGUGGGAAAGUUUGCUCCCAUUUGAUCCCACCCAUACUAUAGACAUCGGUAUGGGCAUGGGACAUAAAGUCGCAUCGUAUGAAAUACCGACUAGUUUAAAUUUCACGGGGCCCACAUACAGCAAGAGAGUGACGCUGUACACCAAUGGAUCCCUGCUGAUCAAGAGCGUCACCCAGAAGGACACAGGAGUCUUCGUCCUACAAACCAUAGACAAGAAUCAAGAAAAUAUCUUCGCCACCGGGGAGUUCUUUGUUCAGAGUGAGUAG